AUGGUGUUCCACAAAUUUUUCCAGGAUCCCGUGGAGGAAAUGGAGAGCAUUUCUGUGAUUAAGCCAGACUUCGCUUCUGAUUUCAAGAAUGCACCUGACAAAUUGGAUGUGCUUAAGAAGUAUGAGCGUUGGUUUAACGCUCAGCCGGAUCACGUGCGACGUUCGAACGCGGAUGAUGUGCUCGAAGACAUCGUUAAUUUGGCCACAUCUCAUGAUUCUGCUGUCCCUGGAUUAUGUAAUAACGAUAAGUUCGUGAGCAUCUGCUAUGCGAUUUUGGAUUAUUGUUCCUCGGACGGAGGUUACGAAGUUAUGCAGAGGAAGCGUAUUGCUACAAAAACUGCAAGUUUCUUCUCUCGUUGGUCCGCAAUUCUCGUCUCUGAAGGGAAUUACGCGAAAGCUUUUGAAGUCUGCCGGAAUGGAGUAUACUUGAACGCUGAACCUCGUGAGUCCCUUUUAACAGAAGCGCAAAGAGUAUACGUGAAAUUACGCGAGGGCAAUGAUAGUCUACCUCGUAAGAUGCCGAAUUUUGCAAAAAUGUUCUACAAUGAGAGACAUUCGAGUUCGAUUGAAGAGCGCCUAGCGACGCUCCACUAUUACCGGACCAUUCAUGGAAGGACUAUAGGAAGUGCGCGACGCAUCGUUGAAGUGAUGCCCCCGGACAUUUAUGCGCUUUAUUUCCAUCGUCUUUAUUCCCUUGGUUACAAAGAGCACGGCAUACAAGAUCUUCCACCGCAUGCAGUGAUGCAUGUACCCCCGGACGUCGGCGAUGGCGAUGGACCCCAGAUGUCUUUGGAAGAGUGGUUGAUGAAACGCCGGAUGACAACAGAGCGAAUUAACGGCUCAAUUGUGGUUACUCGAGAAGAGCCCAGCAUUCUAUCCUGUACCAACAUGGAGCUUCCGUCCAUGAAUUUUUCGCGAGGCGGCGAUUUCUCCUUGUUUGCGCCGCCGAUGCCCGACGAUGUCACAUUCAACGUUACUGCUCCAGUGGCGCCUAAGAUGAAAUUUGAAGAAACUACCGUAUUUACGAGAGCCGCGCGGAAGGAGAUGAGUGGCUUCUGGUAUCAUGAUCCCGAUCCGGAAGAGUCUAUCACGAGAAAAGAAUCUUUCGCAGAUUUUGAAGCAACGUUGCCUCCCUCCAGAUGUUCAAAGACUGAUGAGAUCGUAAAGCCGUUUGAUGUUUUCGAAGAUUCUUCAGCCCUGAGGAAGAUGGACAUUAGUCCCACGCCUUCGUCCGGAAGGAAGCAUCCCAGCCCUGAUGAAAACUCUGGGAAAAUCAUCUCUGACGCUGCGCCAUUUUCCGUUUUUGAAGAUUCUUCGUGCCUAUCGAAGCCAGCGAGUGCAAAUGUCUUCAGAAUACAUGAAGACGAACCCACAAAAACUAGAGACCUCAAAUUCGAACCACCUAUUACAGCGCCUCUUCGUGGUGAAAAUGAUCCUGCUUACUCCUCGUCGGGGGGUUCGAAAAUCAAUCCUUCGUCAACCAGAAAGAGCAUUUUCCAAGCCCCAGUCGCGAAGAAAGAAAAUGUGCCCCCCAUGUUGAAAGCUGUACCUUCCGAAUUAAUCAAGAAUUCCGAAGAUUAUACCGUUUCGGGUAUUUCUCAGGGCUACCAACCCGCCCAAGAGGAAUUCACUUUGAGAUACCUUCUGGAGCCGAGUCAAUUUAGUGCACUUGCGAGGAAAGAACAACUGCAGUCGACUCCCUGUGAGAAACGUGGAUCGCGGAAAACUGAAGACCAAAGCUUUGUGCCUUUACGUUUGAAAACGAAGACUCCGUGCCGAGCUUCAAUCAUGCCCGCCUUGAUGAGCCCUCUGGUCGAGUGUAGUAGAGAGUCGUACCAGUCGAGUAGUUCAGGAUCCAAGUCCACCUGGAAAUUGUGUACUACGGUGCCGGAUAAGCUGCAAGCCAUUGCCGAAGCAUCGACGAUGGACGGGUUAAGUCCUGCGGAGUUUCUGAAGGAGAAGAUCAUCGAAGAUCCCAUGAAUGACGAGCUCAAGUUCCACUUGGCCGUCUUAUCCUAUGGCGAGGCGCAAUUGCGGUGUUUGGAAAACUUGAACGCGUCCUGGAAAGACCUUUCCAUGGGCAGCAGCAUCAAGUUGUGCGAUGGCGAGCUUCAUUCGAUUUGCAUCAUUUGGGACAUGAAUUCCUUUUGUCAACGAGACACGAACGCUGUUGUGCUCGUGACUUCCGGCAACAACGCUGCCAAGUUCGUCAAAUUGAUGGAGCCCUUGUCUUCGUGGGAAGUAUUUUGCUGGUUGCAAUUGGCACGCCGCACGAACCGAGUUCCCCCCAGGGGAGUUGUGUUGGAUGCGGAUUCUUACGCUCUGGUUGAGAUCCGGGAUUGCAGCAGCACGAAUUGGAAUUCGCUCAUCAACCUCAUUGGGUUCUACAAAGUCCGGAACGAGUUGCUUCCAGUGGAAAUAAUUCUGCGCGUGUUGUUGGUGUUGGUGCGGAUGGUGAACGAAUUGCACGAUUGCGGGCUGGUCAUUGGUUACAUUGCCCCCGAGAAUAUUUUGAUUUCGGACAUUAUCUUGGAUGAUAGCGCCCCGUGGGAUGAAAAGAUUUUCAUCGGGGAUUUGACGAGUGCUGUUGAUCUGAUGGAAUUUCCCGAAGACGGUGUGAAAUUCUGUUGGAGUCGGCCCGAGGCGAAUGACGUGUUUCUGCUUGGGACCACUCCGCAUGAGGUGGAUCACAUUGGAAUUGUGAAAAUGCUGGCGUGCAUGUUGUUCCCAGAAAAGGAGUUCAAGAUCUGGGUGGAGCAAGAUCGACGAGUUGCUUACUACAAUUUAUCCAGGAAGUACAAGUUUAGAAGCCUCUGGCAAACUGCCGCCGACCUUCUUUUGAACCCGGAAAGUCAUCAGAAUCCUCUGCCUGUUCUCCAAGAAGUGAUCCUGUGUGGGAAAGAAAUCCAGGUCAUUCCGGAAGCAUCGCCACAGCAAAUGAAUGGAGACAACGUUAAGCGUGGCUUUUCUAAACAAGGC